UCAGUUUUUCUCUUCGAUUGUCCAAAAACUAAGUUGCAGAAACAACUCAACAACAAACAAACAAGCAAACAAACAAACAAUAAAGAGUAGAAGAUGCACGAAAUCCGAGGCGGCGGCCCCGCGUUGUCGGCGACGGCGGCGGCUGCGGCGGCGGCGGUGGCGGCUGUGUUGCUCCUCGCCAGCGUAGUUUGUUCUGCGGCUGCGACGGCGCAGCAGGAUUCUACUUUCAUGCAUCUCUCGCGCGCGGAGCUCGCGCGCAUCGCGGGAUACGGCGAGGAGAGGCUCUCGUCGGUGCUCGUCACCGGCGCGCUCGUCUGCGACGCCUGCUUCCUCCCGGGGCCCCACCUCCGCACCUCUAACAUCCGAGGUGCAAAAGUGGCAGUUGCUUGCGAAAUCGAAGAAAAAAGGAGAAAGAUCAACUGGGCGUACGGAACCACCGACGAAUACGGUGAGUUCAUAGUCGACCUCCCUUCGCACCUCCACGCUAUCCCGAGGCUCGACAAGGAUUGCGCGGUUAGAAUACUUCAUAUUCCAAAUGAUUCACAUUGUCGACCGACCUCGCACGUAAACCCGAGACGUAUAUGGUUGUCUUCGGUAGGGAACAGCAUUCGGGUGUACACUACAGGAGCCGUACGACUGAGUAACAAACAGACACCUGCCAACGCGUGUGCGAAGGCACGAGAAGGCGAUAAAGAAGAUGCGUACUGAAUUAGAUGUAUAAAUGAUAGCGUGCUACCAAUCAUGCAUACGUAUACAUAUGUAUAUGAAGAGAUCUUGUACUAAUAAAGCACAAGUUCUUGUGAAUGUAUAAAUGUAUCACAUACUCGACAAACAAAAGGAAAAAGAGAAUUGCAAACAAUAUACUCGAGUUCUAUGUUU